AUGGUAAUGUUUCCCGCACGCGCCGCGCCUCCGUGCUCCGACAGCCAGCCUUCCCAGAGGCGCGCCGCCACUCGCGCCCUGAAACGCGAAGCGCGCCGCGGGCGCCCGACACCGCCGCCUUGCAGCCCGAGAGCCCUCUCCGCCAGAGCCGCCGCAGGGUCCGGAACGUCCCCCUACGCCUCCUCCACCCGAAAUGAAGCCGCGGCCCCAGCCGGACUCGCAAAGCCAGAGGAAGAAUCCCGCCGGGCUUGGGACGCAAUUCCGCUUCGUUUUUUCCGCCCGCUCGCCCCUGUCUACAGCGGAGGCAGCGAGGGGAAAGUGCGCUGUGAGUUGGGAUGGCCGAGCCCUCCCGACCAGCCGGCUCAGGGAAAGCAAAUGCCGUUGAAUCAGCCUUCAGUUUUUCUCCUGGCCGAAGGCAUUGGGAAAGCGGGACGUUUCAAGCCUCCCGAAACAAAACGACCUUGCAGAGCUACUACUAUCGUCACUGCUAUUAUCACCAGCGGGCGCCCUCCCCUCCCAACUGAGCCCACGACGUCCCACUCCGUUUACAAGACCCUGGAGAGUUGCGCGCACGGGGCCCAUUUCUCGGCACGCGCCCCCGCGCUCGCCUCUCCCACAAUGGGGCGCAGCGCCCUCCGCAACCGGAGAAGCCUGGUUGUACGCGGGGACGUGUGUCUGUGUGUCUAUACGUGCAUUUACACCAAUAUUAUUAUUACUGUUAUUCUUUCUCUGGAUGAGCGCCUGAACGGCUGUUGUCGGGACUGGGGGCUGGGCGGUGAGAAGGGCGCGUGCAGCUGCACAGACACCCAGGCGACCCCCGCGCCACCGCCGCUCGCUGAGGUGCGCCUCGCCGCCGCUAUGAGCCACCUGCGCGCUGCGACUGCGCCCAACGAAUGGGGCGAAGGCGGCCGGGAGUUAGGCUCCCAGCAGCAGCUGGAGGAGAGCCUUCUGCUGGGACAGGACGCGGCGGCCGGCCGGGGCAGCGCCUUCCCCUCCGCUUGGCUGGGCAUCUGCUGCCCGGGCCGCGUCCCCUCGUCGCCCAGGUACCUGCUCUCGGGAGCAGCUGAGGGGGAUGAAGACGAAGAGGACGAGGAAGAGGACGACGACGAGGAGGAGGAGGAGCUCUUGGAGGCAGCCCAGCACCUGAGCGGCGGCGCCCGGACUUUGAGCGGGGCGUCCGGGAAGCAGCUGUGCGCGCUCCAGCACCGGCACCAGCACCAGGCCGGCGGCGUCCCCUGCGAGGCGCAGUCGCGGCCCCGGGCGCCCUGCACCGGCGGCGGCGGCGGCGGUCUGCUCCGCCCGGGCUCCCAGACGAGCGGCGUGCAGAAGCAGAGGCGCCUGGCGGCCAACGCCCGCGAGCGGCGCCGGAUGCACGGGCUGAACCACGCUUUCGACCAGCUGCGCAAUGUCAUCCCCUCCUUCAACAACGACAAGAAGCUCUCCAAGUACGAGACGCUGCAGAUGGCGCAGAUCUACAUCAGCGCCCUGGCCGAGCUCCUGCACAGCCCGCCGCCCGCAGACAGCGCCCCCAGCGGCAAGGGCGCCCCGCCGCCCGCCGGCCAGACCUUCGAGCGCGCGCCUUGCGCCCCGCCGGUAGGGGGAGCGCUGCAGCCGCCGCAGCCCAGGUCGCAGCCCGCGGGACCCUGCAGGACGCGUUUCCCCCCGGAGCCGCCGGCCGGGGGCGGAGCGGGGGGCUUCUCGGUGCAACUGGACCCGAUGCAUUUCCCCUCCUUCGCGGAAGGCGCCCUGCUGGGUCAAAAGGCGCCUUCGCCGGCCCAGCUCCUGCAGCCGACGGGCCAGCAGCCGCAGGGCCAGCAGGAGCGCAGGAAACCCUCCCCGCCGGCCCAUCGCAGCGACGGGGAGUUCUCGCCCCGAUCCCAUUACAGUGACUCCGAUGAGGCCAGCUAG